AUGUCGUGGGUGGCAGCUCCGAAGGCGGUAGCGGCAUGCUGCAGUCUGGUCCGUGGUGUGCCGGCCACAAUUGCGGCACGACAAGCGAGCCAGAUGACGUCAGCAUGGUGUUCGGCAGCUGUGCCAGGGUUUUUGCGGCUCGCCUCAUCGCAGACAUCGGCCAAGACACGGGCGCGGGCAAGAUCGACAGCCCGGUUCAAAGCGGCUCCAGAACGCACGGCGUCGAUCCCGUCUUCUCCUGCUGCGCCAGCCGCUGAUCUGUCUGUGGCACUGGACGACAGCAUUGCCGCCAGCCAAGAGGCAGCCCUGGCCGAGCUGAAGCGGCUACGGUUAGCGGCGACUCCGACGAGGCUGCCGCCAGCCGUGGCGUCUAGCAACCGAUCCGGCGGUCCGGUGGAGGAAGAGCCUCCAAAGAAGGUGGUGGCUAUCCAGGACACGCCCGAGUUCAAGGAGGCGUCGCGGAAAUGGACGUCGGUGAUCGUGGCUAUUCCGAUCCUGCUGGUGUCGUCGUAUUUCUUGUUUGAGCGCUUGGUGAUGGGCCACAAGCCGAAGGACCUGUCCGAGUACAGGAAAAAGACAACAGAGGAAGCCGUGCAGCAGCUGGACGCAUAUGUGAGCACCAGCGGUCGUGGCAGCGGGCCGACCAAGCCGAUGGCGUAA